CAACGGUAGCAGAGUUUUUUGCUUUUUCUUUCUUUUUUUUUUUAAAAAAAAGGGUAGUUGAUAAAGAAAAUGCAACUACCAUUAGACAAUACUCAGUCAAAUCUUUUGACUCUCUAUGAUGCUAUUACAGACUCGCCUGUUUAUAGGUCCUCUAGCUUGCAUUUUGAUGAUCAACUCGACCUAUUGGAAAAAUGGUUAGACUCACUCUCGAAAAACAUGAAGCUCUAUGUAGACAAACUCAAUAAGUUCAACCUUGAAACCAACACGCUGUGUAAAAAAGUUAUCCCGGUGGGUAUUGAUGAUGCCAUGAUAGAUCCAAACUUUACUGCUGCUAUCAUUAGAAGCUUUUCUGAUGCGCUUCAAACUAGUUUAGCAUUCAAGACAAAAUUGGUCUCAGAUCUAGAAGACAAUUUUAUACAACCACUUCAGUCGUUUCUCAAGACAAACUUGAAGGAAUUCAAAGAGUUUAGAAAGCAGCACGAAAAGACUCUAGAAAAAUACGAGGCACAGUUAUACAAAUACGCAGGACAAAGUAAGACAAAAGAAGCCUCGGCUGUUAGAGAGGAAGCAUUCCGACUAUAUGAAGCAAGAAAGGCAUAUGUUCGUAUGUCCGGACAGCACGUUGUGCGUAUUUUGCAUUUCCGUUCAUUGCUCGAACAUUUCUUGGUCGAUAUUUUUUCUUCGGCUACAAAUUCUCAUCUCAAAGACUUUGAAGGAAGCUCUGGUUCUUGGACAAAGUUACAAGCCAACUUGAGUUCUUGGAAGCGAUGGUUAUUGGAUGACAAAGAGACAUGCAGUUACCAGUUAAACCGAUUACAGUCAUCUCGUAUCACUCUAGAGAACAAAUAUCUAGCCUUAGUUCGUCCUGCUCGGGAUUUAGAAAAAUAUACAGGAAACACAGCACAGACUGCAUUAAGUAGUCGACAUUCAUUGGACUUUUCAUCUGUGAUGAGUAACAACAGUCGGCAGAAUCAUAAAUGGGGCUAUUUGUUUGUACGUGGUGUUAGAAGCAGCUGGAUAAGACGAUGGUUCUUUAUUUAUGACGGUUGCUUUGGGUCAUGCAAUAUCAACCCAACGACAAAGCUCAAAGGCACAAUUACAAUGGGUGACCGUGUGUCUGUAUUACUCUGUGAUAUUAAGCCUGUUAUUGAUAGCGAUCGACGAUUCUGUUUUGAAGUCAUGUGUGCUCACCAGCCCUCAUUUGUACUCCAAGCUGAGACCGAAGAAGAAAUGCGUGAAUGGAUAGGUGCUUUUGAAAAAGCAAAGCGAUUGAUGUUACAAAACGAACAAUUGGAUUUAAAGACUGGAACUGCUCUAGCUUCCACAGCUAAUACCGAAUCUGAUAUAGCAUCGUCUUCACCCAAGACGAUGCCUUAUAUUCUGGAUGAUAAUUCGGCUUAUAACAGCUCAGGAGCAUUAGAUCAGGUCGCUUCUCCUGAGCAACUUGUACAAAAGCCUUCUAUUGUCAUGUUAUCCUCUUCGCCUGAAAAUGAUCAACAAUCACUCUCUCAGUCCACUUCUCUCACUCCUUUGCUUGUUUGGGAAGCAUCUCGUGUUUCACUAGGAGCCAAUAAUACUAGUAGUACCAAUGCUACCAACGCUACUACUUCAUUAACAUCAACAGCUAUUUCUGGAUCUCCUGCCAACCAGUCACUCUCUACAGCUGCGCUUUCUCUGGAAUCAAACUCAAAUCAACAUGCUGAAUCCUCAAGCAACACUGCAACUAACACAAGCAAUAAUACGAGUUCUUCAUGGGGUAUUCCUUGGGCUUUAGUGCCUAGUAUGUUCCAAGGCGGUAGCAGUGAUGAUAUUACCAGCGAGUUACCUCCUACGCCUGGCUCACCUAGCUUGCCAACUGUGACUGAUGCAGAUGGGCAUCAGGUUAUUUGGCCUAUGAGAGUCGAUGACUCCAGCAUACCUAAAGUUGAAUUGGCAGGUUAUCCUCCUUCAUUAGAAUCUCGAAACAAAGAGCUCCGUCAUUUGUUUGGCGGUGUCAAUCCUCAUGAAGUUGUACUUACUGCUUUUGUUGGUCUAUUAAAGAAAGAGCCUUUGAAUGAACCAAUGAUGGAGCCUAAAGAACCAGAAUUACCUGCUUCACCCACUGUGACAAGCAGCCCUGUUGAUAUUCUUGAACAAGAACUCAAUGCACAGCUGUCUAGCACAAUCAGAGAGCCUUCAUCAAAGCAUGGCUACUCAUACACAGGCCGUGGCUUUAUUACGCAAGAGACUUUUUGGUUCUAUAGUUGUAUUUUGAUGACAUGCGUCAACACAGUUGCUAUUCGUCUGAGUGAUAUCCAAAACAUUCGACUCAUUCGUGACCCUUCUGUCACAAACGUAGGCAUCAGCUCCAAUUUAGCAUUGGCGAUUGAUUAUGAUAAUGAUGCUGGAUCAAAUAAGGCUCAAAGCCCAUUGAUUUUUACGACUUUGAUGGACGAUGUUGAAGUGCUUGCUGAAAAACUGAAAUUUGCUGUCUCCAAUGCCAAGGGUAAAGAGCCUGCACCACUUCAAGUUACAUAUGAUAUUAUUCAUAGUCUUUCAGCCGCUGUCAACAAGAACAAGAACAGUAAUCAAGUCAAGACGAUCAUCAAAUCCUCUGCUGAGCCAAUUCGUUCAAACUCAGAUAUUACCAAUACUUCCACCAUUUCCUUCAGUUCGUCCGAUGGAAGCAUCACACCACUACCCAGUCGAUCAAGCGAUCCUAAAAAGAAAGCAUCAAAAGCCCCUCGUAAAUACUCAGCACCUGCUCAGCCUAAAUCUGGUGCAUUAGCAGCAGCAAUGAUGGCCGCUACGGUAGCAGGAGGUAGUGGAAUUUUGGAUGCUAGAAAAGGACUUCACGAGGAAUCUCGUCAUUUUCUGAGAGGUAAAAAGUCAAAAUCGAACCUAUCCCAUCAUGAAGAAGCUGAGGACGAUAUUCCUUUGCCCAAUUCUACCGUUGCAACCUCCUCACCUGCACUUUCUAAAGUAACAGAGAGUAUAGAAACAGCUGAAGCCGAUACCAAAAAUCCUCAUGAUGUCCCAGAGGAUUUCAACAUACCAACAGAACCUGUCUCUUGUGGUUGUACUGAUCAUUUGGAUAAAUUAGAAUCAGAAAUUGAAUUGCCUAUUUCUGCCAAACAUCUAUUUUAUAUUCUGUUCUCUGAAGACAAUCCUAAUUGUUUAGAUAUCUGGGAGAAGAAGACUGCCGAGAACAAAAGUAGAGACUUGACAAUGACAUCGUGGCAGAUGGUAGAUGGCAAGAAAGAGCGUACUCUCAAGUACAUUAUACCCGUUAACAACUCAAUGGUUAAAGUGAAAGAAGCAGAAGCUGUUGAGAAGCAAACAAUAGAAAAAGCAGACGAGUAUCUACGAUAUGUUAUCUUGACAACAACAAAGACUGCUCAACUUCCUUAUGCUGAUGCAUUCAUGCCAUUUGUGAAAUACUGCAUUACUUGGGUUAGCAGAGAUCGUUGUAAGCUUAGCUGCUAUGUAGGUGUCAAGUUUUUGAAGAACAUCCUUGUCAAGGGUAUUGUCAACAAGGCAGCCAUGAAGGGCAUGUCUGAAAAUCUUGCUAUCUUUAUGCCUAUUGUUCAAAAUGAAGCCAACAAACAAACACCUAGAAAGAGAAGUGGUAGUAAAGAAAGCGUGGAUAUAGUCUCUUUAAAGCGUAUGGGUACAAUCAAACGACCUUCAAAGGAUACAAUAGCGAUUAGCAACGAAAAGAGCGAUCAAAAUCAAGGAUGGUAUGCACAAGUAGAACCUAUAAUUGACACUGUACGUGAUUUCGUGGAAGCUUUGCCUUUUACUGUUAAAGUAGGGGCUGGUGUCUUUUUGCUUUUGUGGAUUAUGUUUAGUUGGAUUCGUGCAGGUUCACGACAAAAGAUGACAGCAGUACACAGUAAUUAUGAUUCACAUUAUAAUGCUAAACAGGUUACUUCUCGCGCAGUCUACUUGCGUGAUUUGAAUGAAGGUCUAUUCAGUGCUCAGCUUCAAGCUCCUUAUGAACAUUCUGAAAGCUUUCGUUCCUUCUUGGAAUCAAAAUCUUUCAAUCAAAGCGUUGCUACACAACAUCGUUGGUUCAGUUCUCAUCAUCAUCAAUUUGCUAUCGAUUUACUGUUUAGUAGACAGAAAUUGGCCAUGCUUCGCCAUGAUACUUUAGUUUUGUUCCAAUUGGUAAACGAAGUAGAUGCUCAAUUACUCGAAAAUGAGUACACAAAUUGGUUAAUGGAUACACGACUUCGAUGCCGUGCUCCAGAUGCUGAUUAUACAAAUCUUCAUUGUGAUGAUGUGAAGCGACAAUUACGGUCAUUUGCUAUCGGAUCUUAAUCGUCAGUAAAUGUUAAUUUUGGUUUCCAUGUCGCCUAUUGAACUUUGAAAGAAAAUCAGGCGUUAUUUCUUGAAUAAAUCAUACAAAUAAUUCAUUCACAUUUUCUCUCUAUCCCUUUU